AUGAACCCGCUGACCCAGAUCAAGAACACCAUCAAGGCCACCGCGCGAGAGCACGACCUCGGCCUCGGCGAGGACGCCAGCUGGCACGCGCGCUUCAAGCACAGCGCCUACAUCUUCGCCGGUGGCCUCGAUUUUGCGCUCACAGAGGGCGACAUCCUGGCCGUGUUUGCGCAGUAUGGGGAGAUCGUGGAUAUCAACCUUGCGCGCGACAAGGCGACAGGGAAGACGAAGGGGUUUGCAUUCCUGGCGUACGACGACCAGCGCAGCACGGUGCUGGCCGUCGACAAUCUGAACGGCGCCACGGUGGCGGGCCGCAAGGUGCGGGUGGAGCAUGUGGACAAUUACAAGAAGAGGAAGGCGCAGGUGGGGGCCGGAACACAUCUCUAG